AUGGGUUUGGUAAUAAAACCUCUCAAAUGUCUUCUACUCCUCCACAUCUCCUUGACCUUCUUCUACACUAAUGAAGUCUCCUCUGCUUCUCCCGUGACGACGUCGUCGCCGGUAAAGAUGAACCGGAGACUUGUAGCUGUUGAAGGCAUGGUUUAUUGCAAGCAUUCCGGCAUCGAUACUCUCUUAGAAGCAUCUCCUCUUCAAGGUCAACACAUCUUUCUGGUUCGAUACUUGGUCGUCGCUGGCAGCUUGUUUGAUAUCACUGGUCCUCAGGGAGUCAUCGACAUGGGGAUUUCAACUCACGCAACUGUGGCGUCGGUUCUGAAUUCUCGUCGUCCUCGAAACCAUAGUGUGGAGGUGUUUAAUAAGAUUGAGGCUGAGAUCGCAAGGCUUAGGUAA